AUGGCAACAUACCUGAGGAAGAAGAAUGUGUUUGCGUCUGCUCUGACGUUAUUCGUAAUGAUAAGCUCCUUGAACGCACAAGUUGCAGACAUAAAAGCGAUCUGCGGGAAAGCGAAAAACCCGUCCUUCUGUACAAACUACAUGAAAUCAAACCCAAAGACUUCAGGUGCUGACAUUAAAACGCUUGCACAGAUCACAUUCGGUUCUGCGCAAACAAGUGCAACAGGAGCGUUAACGAAAAUCCAAUCUCUAGCCAAGACAGCGAACAGCCCUGCUUUGAAGCAAGGAUACACAUCGUGCGUGGAGCAGUACAAGAGUGCAAUCAGCAUUCUCAAUGAAGCUAAGCAGAGCCUAGCGACAGGAGACAAAGGAGGGUUGAACAUCAAGGUCUCGGCAGCUAUGACAAGUUCUACAACAUGUCAAGAUGACCUGGCCAAUGUCAAAGCUGAUCCUUCUGCUGUCAAGAACAGUGAUGACUUCCAGAACAUUUGUGGCAUUGUUCUUGUCAUCUCCAACAUGAUGUGA